AUGGCGCGCAUGUCCAAGAUUCAAAAAGUAGUCUUCUCUUCUUCUUUUGUGAAGAAGGAUCAUUGGGAAGCGCUAGCACAGUUGAAGCAGCUCGACGUCCUUGAGUUCUACCUUUGCUCAUUCAUAGAAGAUCCGCCCGAUAAAGAAUUGACCGUUCGUAAUGUUACGCUCUUUGGUUCUCCAACUACCUUCACCCUUCGGCCAAUCGCAACUACUUCCAUGCGCUCGCUCAAUGCAAGUGAUGUAGAGGCAGUCCUGAAGAUAGUGGCCUUUCGUCAGCUUGCCAUCGACAAUUUGUUUCUCAAUCAACGAAUUUUCGACAUGGAACCGCUACUUCAGGUGUUUGGGCAUCUGCCUGGCCUCCAGAGCGUAACCUUUGGAGUCAACAAAUACGCGUUGGCUUCGCCGCUCGUUGGCAAGCUUUCGCUGAAAAAGCUCUUCACUCGCUUGCAUUCUUUUACUAUAAAUGGAGUUGGACUGUUUGUGCCACAGCAUGACGUGGAGAUGCUGGUAUCCGCUCUCUGUGAUGGACCUGGUACCCUUCCUAGCUUGCAGGAACUCAAUCUUUACUUCGUCACAGCCAGUGAAUGGACGACGACGACGACAACGCUCGAUAUUGUCUCUGACCACUUGAACGGGACGAUAAUCCCAGCAUUUCCCAAUGUGAAGUGCAUUAGUAGUGAGGCCAAUUUCAUACGCUUGGAAGAAGGUGACUGGAAAGUACACCACUCGAGUAGAUUGUGUAAGAUAACGUCGGGAGUUGGUAAUUUCAAGUAUGGUGUAGGGCAAGACAUUUGCCUUUAA